AUGAGCAAUCAGCGCCACUCCGCGUCCGGCGGCCGCGGCGCCGCCUCCGCCGACAUAACCUCAACGCGGCCGGCGCCCCUCGCCCUGGCCACGUCUGCACACUCCGCUGCCUCCAAAGGCCUUCCGCUACGAUACACUGGCAGCGGCGUCCGACAUCGCGGCGGCGGCGGCACCAGCUGUGGACGGCGGCCGCUCGCAGAAGUCUGCAGCCGCCGAGUCGACUCGCCUGGCCUCGCAGCCGCCAUUGGCCGAGGAGCGCAUUUCGCGAUUGAUGGCGGGCGGGCGCCGCGUCGCGGCUCCCGGAAUCAAUAUGGGAGGCGGCGGGGGCGGAUGGAAGCUGGAGGCGGGGGCGGCGGCGGCGGCCGCGUCGCGAACAAUGCCACCCCUCGCUUUCUGUGUAGCGCCGGAAUCAAUCACACCGGCUCGCGGCAGAUUCGCUCGAUACACACCUGCCAGCCGCGCGUCUCCCGAGACGUCUGCACAGGCACCGAGCAGGGAAGCGAGGGCGCUCUCCACGCUGCUCCACUGCUCGGCCUAAACAAGUCGCGCUGCGCCCACGCUCUGCUCUUACGCAGCGCGUCGGGGCUGAAAAUAUUGAAGAGGCCCCUCCAAAUCGUGUCCGUCACGGACGCUCUUUGCAUACAAUUAGAAGCGGCGCCGCUGCAUUCGUUAUUUGCGAGCUGCCAACGGACGGCAUACAUUUCGGCGGCGGCGCCGGGACCAGAUGGGAUGGGGUGCCGACAUGCCAAGCCGAGCCGUACCCUGCCGGUCCGACAGCCGCUGCCUGCUGGCUUCACUUCUUUCCCACACUUUGCUCUUCCUCUGCGCUACGCUUCCUCGGAACCAUGCUCCAGCGCAUAA